ACACAUACAAUUGGAACAAUGGAUAAAGAAAACCACUCAGUGGUGACUGAGUUUAUCUUUAUGGGCAUCACACAGGACCCUCAGCUGCAGAUCAUCUUCUUUGUGGUCUUCCUUGUUGUCUACCUGGUCAAUGUAGUGGGGAAUGUGGGUAUGAUUAUCCUGAUUAUAACAGACACUCAGCUGCACACACCCAUGUAUUUUUUCCUCUGCAAUCUCUCCUUUGUCGACCUGGGCUACUCCACAGCCAUUGCCCCCAGGAUGCUGGCUGACUUGUUAACAAAGCACAAAGUUAUUUCCUUCUCUAGCUGUGCCACCCAGUUUGCUUUCUUUGUAGGUUUUGUGGACGCUGAGUGCUAUGUCCUGGCUGCCAUGGCCUAUGAUCGUUUUGUGGCCAUCUGCCGGCCCCUCCACUACAGCACCCUCAUGUCCAAGCGGGUCUGCUUGGCUCUCAUGCUGGGCUCUUACCUGGCUGGUCUAGUGAGUUUAAUAGCCCACACGUCCCUCACCUUCAGCCUGAGUUACUGUAGCUCCAAUAUCAUCAACCAUUUCUUCUGUGAAAUUCCACCAUUGUUGGCCCUCUCUUGCUCAGACACCUACAUCAGUGAGAUCUUGCUCUUUAGUCUGUGUGGCUUCAUUGAAUUCAGUACCAUACUCAUCAUCUUCAUCUCGUAUGCCUUCAUUCUUGUUGCAAUCAUCAGAAUACGCUCAGGUGAAGGCCGUCUGAAGGCAUUCUCCACCUGUGGGUCUCACCUGACAGGCGUCACACUUUUCUAUGGCACAGUCAUGUUUAUGUACCUGAGGCCAACAUCCAGCUACUCCCUGGACCAAGACAAGUGGGCUUCUGUGUUCUAUACUGUCAUCAUCCCCAUGUUGAAUCCCUUGAUCUACAGUUUGAGGAAUAAGGAUGUAAAAGCUGCUUUCCAAAAACUAUUUGGGAAAAAAUCUCAGUAAUAAUUUUAAAAAAUGAAAAUCCAUUUUUGCCACAAGUAAAUCAUAGUUCCAAAAGGAUGAUGGCAGGAGAUAAAAGA